UCCAUAGGAGGCAUUGCCAAGACAGAGGAUCGGCAACGUUGUUCUCCUAUCUUCCUCCACUGCCAUUAUAACGUGGACCUUACUAUAAAGAUAUCGCCAGCUUGCGAUACCUAGCGCAUGGUUUUGAAGAAUGUUAGUUGAAUAUUUGUCAGUGGCCAAAGAUGUUCCUCUCGCGAAUCUACACAAUUUUCCUACUUGUUUCCAUAGGGUUUCUGAGAUCAAAUGCCAGUCCGUCUGACAGUUCUCAAUUGGGAGCUGGUCCCAUAAAACCGCCAUCUCAGUCAUUCGAUGUAAAGGAGCAGCAAGUUCACCAGUUAUCAGUUAAUGUUGAGAGCUGUCGUUCAGAAUAUGAAGAUUUUGAAGAGCUGACAUCGAAAAUUCUGAGUGAAGCUGACGAGUUGAUAGGAAAGCAGAAAACCCUGACAGCUGCAGAGACGAUUCUAGUGCUGGGAGAGGCUGGAGCUGGGAAAACAAGCCUAGUACAGUUUUUGACAAGAAAUCCUUACUUGCAGUUCAGAGAAAUCGCUGGGAAAUAUAUGUUCGAGGAUGGACAAAGGAUUGGGCUCCCCACACUUUACCCUAGGAUUGUUCCCUACAACGAAACCAUCAACUUUGUCGACUUUCCCGGAUUCCAGACUAUUCCACAACCUGCAAAUGAAGUCGCCUCAUCGAUUAUCAUGAAAACCAUCACAAAGAAACUCGAAAAUGCAAAGAUUUUGCUCCUCGUAGACUAUGCCACCCUACAACAAGGGGAAGGUUUCAUCAACAUCCUUCGAUAUCUCUACAAUUUGAUUUUAGAUUUUGAUAAAUACAAGGAUCACAUUGCAUUGAUCGUCACUAAAGUCUCCCCGAAACUGGAUGAUGGAGCUCUCAAAGUUCAGGAAACUUCUGGAUCAGACACAGCUGGAAUCUUGGGAGAAGAAGCUGAUAUUAUAGAGCGAGUCAUGGAAUAUCUCAAUCAAACACAGGCAUCCUUGGAAGAAAAACUCAAACUAGAAUUCAAAAACGAGGUGACAGAGUUUUAUCAGAAUGUGAUAGAACUGUUGAAUAGUUUGAAGACAGGAAGCAAGGACGGCAAAGCACCAAGAAUCAAUGUGUUUUAUCGUCCAAACAAACCUGGACCACUGAGGGUUAACAAACUUAUGCUGCAGAACAGGGAGUCGUUGCUUAAAACUGUCAGAAACUUGACCAGUUUUGAUGUGAAGAAGAUGAAUUUCGGUUUUGGAUUGUCGGGUGAAGCGAACGUGUUUCUGAACUGUCUAUUGGUAUUCUUGAGCGACCAUUACAAAAACAGAGUGAAUAAUGUCGUUAGAUAUGUUGAAACCUCUGCACGUGAAAGAAUGAUUCAUAAUAUCGAUUUUUGCGAAGGAAAAAUUACUAAUCUACAAUCACUGGGUAUUAGAACAGAACUGUUAAUGCAAGAGAUUGGACAAGUCACACGCUACGAUGAGUUCUCCAAAGCUUUCAAUUCCUCUGACUUUGCCAUAUUGUCGUCUUGGUAUUUGGAAACCAGCGAAAAAAUAAUAUUCAAUUUCUUGGAGAAGUAUGGAGAAAUUAUAAUGGGAUUGGUUGACACAAGUGAGGUAUUAAAACUAUCUACUUGGACUAGUAGAGUGAGAGAUGCUUUAGAACUUAUGAAGAAGGAGGAAAAAUGGUGUAAUACACUAAUCAAGUUCAUUGAUGGACUUUCAAGUUACAAAAUGCAAGGAAAGAGGAACAAGAUUUACGAUGAAAUGUAUUCUGUUAAACCCACAUACGAUAAUAUUGAACAUCCACUUAUAUCAAUAUUCUUGAAUGUUACUGAUAGCAGCGCCACUCAACUGUUUGGAGAUCCACAAAUAAUCAGUGAGAAAGAAUUAUCAGAAAUUGAAUCUAUAGCACGCAUUAUGUUGAAGAAUGGCUAUGAUGUCCGGUGUUCAUCCCAGGGAAGACUUCGAGUGAGAGGGUUCGUGAUUUGUAUGUCCCAUAUCAAUUCAGAUGAAUUUCUAGAUUCCCGUUGUGGAAAUAAAUCGGUCACCGACUUGAUUAUCUAUGCUGCAAGUAAAAUGUUCAUAGAUGUUCCAAAUUUGAAUGGGAGAUUGGAAGAGGUAGACAUUUAUCUAGCAUCACCUCACUGGGAGGUGAUCGGGGAAAGAGCAGAUAUAAAAUUGGUAGGUCGAGCGGGACAAAGAGAAUCAGACAGUAUUUACUUGGAGAAUGGAAAGGAUGGGAAACCUGGACUUGCAGGCGACUUGGGAGGAAGUUUUCACGGUUUUGGUGUCAAUUUUGUGAACUGUGAAAAUCUGCAUAUUAUGUCUGUAGGAGGCAAAGGAGGUCCGGGGAUUGAUGGGGCAGACGAAAAACCAGGAAGGGAUGGCAGAACUGGUUAUGAGAAAGCUGUUAAGGUACUGGGAUCGAAAAGAGGGUUGAAAAAUUAUCUAGAGCAUGAAAUAACCCAGGCACAUGACUCACUCGAGCUGACUGAAAGUAUUUUGCGUGGAAAUAUUUCCAUGAAUGAAGACAAAAUUGGAGGGGAUUUCCUGGGAUUAUCCAUAUACAAGUUCGGUGGUGAUUGUGGAAGGGUAGGGGAACUAGGGGGGUACGGUGGUAGGGGUGGAUUUGGAGGACUUGGAGGCAAGUUUGAGGUUGUGGAAGCGGGUGACCACCCAUCCAACAUCACCUUCCUGUCGAAAAAUGGGGAAGACGGCGAGAAUGGGAAGAGAGGUCAAUCUGGGGGCCAUGGAAAGGAUGGGACUGGGUUGACUUGCUACAAUAUCAAAACAACAGAGCAAGCUUCAAAUGGCUCAAGAUCUUACUGGAAGUGUUUCAAAACAGAUAGCAGGUGCAGUCACGAUGUCAAACUGGAAAUAAAAUGUGGAACGGAUUAUCAUAUUGAUUCUGGAAUUGAACGUCCAUCAAGGACCUUAGACUUUACAAGUCCUCAUAGACUUUUUCAAUAUUGGUCAAUUAAUCAUUCGUUCAGUUUCAAAGACUCGAGCACAUCGAAGAGCAAGAGGAAUUUGAAGGCCAUCAAGGCUCUUAGUGACUUUGAAAAAUUCCUUUGGUCAUACUCAGAUUGAGUAAAUAGUUAUUAUUGUCUAAAUAACCUGAAAGAUUAUGAUUAAAUAUGUUUCAAAGGGGUGCAAUGACUUUAUAACCAUGGUCCCUUUUCUGCUUAGGGCUACUUGUGAUAUGAAUAGAAAUACAAAUCUCAGUACCCUUCUUUUGAAUUAUUUUAUCACAAUUAUAAUUAUCACAUGGAUAUGAUCAUUGCAAUAAAAUAAUUCGAAAAAGGUACUGAGAUUUGUAUCUCUAUUUCUAAUCAUGGUUAUAUAAAGGGAGAGGUUCGGCUCAUACUCUUUAAUGGCAAUAAUAUUGAUAUUAUUCGAAAUAUUUUCAUUCUAAGGGCCGGCUUCCGAGCUCGGGAUUCAGCUAAGUUCUAGACUUUAAACAGCUGGAGUCAGGAAAUUGGCUUUCCAAAACGGUGCGUAGUCGCAGUAAACAAUUAAAUUCAAUUUCGUAAAACUAGAAAAUCGAACACAAUAUAGAAUAAUGAGAAAAUAGUGUGAAGUUCGGUUUCAACUAUUUUUAAUCAUCCAACAAUUUUUCAUUUCGUCAAUGAACAACGUUUCCAAUUAAUGAUAAUACUGCAUGAUAUUAAUAUUUGAGAAUCAGAUUAUAAAGUUUAAGAUUGGAAAUAUAUCUAUUAUA